AUGCCUGAACCAGCCAAAUCCGCCCCGAAGAAGGGAUCCAAGAAGGCCGUCACAAAGACCGCCGUCCUGAAACAGGUUCAUCCUGACACCGGGAUCUCUUCCAAGGCGAUGGGAAUCAUGAACUCUUUCGUCAACGACAUCUUCGAGCGCAUCGGCGGUGAAGCGUCUCGUCUCGCUCACUACAACAAGCGCUCCAUCAUCACAUCGAGAGAGAUCCAGACCGCCGUGCGUCUGCUGCUGCCCGGUGAACUGGCCAAACACGCCGUGUCUGAGGGCACAAAGGCCGUCACCAAAUACACCAGCUCCAAGUAG